GCAGAAGGUGGCGCUGCACGGCCUGCAGCUGCCAUUAAAGACAGGAAGCAGCAGCUGGUGCAGCAGCCGGCAGGGUUUUCAGAGGACGGGUUUUUAUUUUUAUUAUUAAACAGCCGAACAUCUGGGUCUGCAGCUUCCUGUCGGGAUGGAGAAGGUGAUCAGCUGCUUCCGGAAGAGACCGGAAGCUGCGGUCAGGCUGAUCUGCUUCCCCUGGGCAGGUGGAGGCUCCCUGCACUACUCCCGCUGGGGGAACCUGCUGAGCCCCUCCACUGAAGUGUUGGCGGUGCGGCUCCCGGGCAGAGAGGGUCGAGCCAGAGAACCGUUCCUGGAGAACAUGCAGCAGGUGGUGGAGGAGGUUCUGGAGGUUCUGCUGCCGCUGCUGAGAGACAAACCCUUUGCUCUGUUCGGUCACAGCUUCGGCGCCUUCGCCAGCUUCGCCUUCGCCCACGCUCUGAAGAAACAUCACGACCUGGAACCGGUCCACCUGUUUGUGUCCGGAGCUCUGGCGCCGUAU